UAGCCGAAAUGUGCCGCCAUAAUCGUGCUGCUGCGGAGAGAUACGGUCGACCGGAUCUCGUGCAGUGUUGGUCGUUGGCGGAAAUGAUCGCACAACCGAGCACGGAUUUUGAAACCGAUGACGAUAUGUUGUGCUCGCAGAAUCCGUUCGCGAAGAGCUUGCUAGAGUCACUCAUUCAUCAUUUCGCGCGCAUACACGAUGUCCAGACGGCCGCGAUGCUCUGUUGUGCCUUUGGUCGACACUGCCCCUCGGCGCUGGAGCUUUCUAUGAGUUCCAGCUCAAGCAGCAAAUCAAUCAACCAAAGUCACUUACUUAGCGGUCAUCGAAAAAUUAAGCCUAGCGGAUCGCCCUACCACACGAUUCUGCCGGUGGACCCGUCUUCCAACCAGGGCUGGAUAUUGGCGCAACAGUUGAAGCACCUGCGCAGCAACUCGUGGUCGGACUCGCUGGAUGACUUUCGGCUCGGCCCGGGAAGCGGAGGCGGAUUCGGGGAUAUCAACAGGAGCCUACUGGGCGAUAGUAAUCGUUUUCUGUACGACAACUUCAAGCGCAGCUACGCGGAAAUGCUGUACCGCUGGGGCCUGCUGGUCCAGCGGGCGAAGGUGCUUAAGUACCUGUCGAACUACGUCGAUACGCCCCGGUGCGUAGAGUUUGUAACCGAAUGUUUGCACUGUUGUCGCGUCGGGGCGCCAGCGUGUGCGACAUGCAAGAAACCGGUACUGUACUGCAGCUUAUGCCGACUGCCGGUGCGAGGAGCAGCCAAUGCUUGCCUGCAUUGCGGUCACGGUGGACAUACGGAGCACAUGCGGAUAUGGUUCGAGCGGCAUGACGUUUGCGCAACGGGCUGUGGAUGUCCCUGUUUGAACAAAAGCUCGAAACUGUGCAAUUUGUAGUCCAUGGAAACGUUAUACAACCAUACGUCGUUAAAUUGUUGGUAGUGCUGUAAAUGACGGUACUUGUAUUGUAAGUAAAUGUAGUCUUUGGCAAAACAGUCCAAUUUGUCUUCUUCACAAGACUGCCUCAUUAAAAUACAAAAGGGUAAAAUAGAAC